UUUUACAAGGUCGUAUUCUUCUACGCUGCGGUUGACGGUUGUGGUACAUGCUACAGCUACGAUUACGAUUACAGUUUUUAUUUUACGAUUCCUAAAUUUAAGCUUUUCCUAAAUGAACAUCAAGCAGGAUAAAUUUCAUUAAUUAUUGUAUUUAAAAAUAUUUAAAGAAUGUUGUUAGGAGUGAUAUUUAGUUAGAAGUGUGUACUGUUCAUAUUACGGUAUUUACUGGCAUUUGGACAAUCCAUAAAAAAACGCCUUGAAGUGGGUGCUUUCUUCUGGAUAACUUGUCUAGAUUAAAGGUGAAGUAUGGCAGAAGCUCACUCUGCUGUGGCGUUCUCGUUCGCCAUCACCCACGACGGAUGGGACGUGAAUUUCGACCGGGAGGUGCUCUACCUCGUCUGGGAGUCAGGACUCAGGUCGUGGAAGAAGAGAUUGGCCAGAUUCAGGAACAGCGUCAAUAAUGGAGUUUACCCUGGACACCUACAAUCCCUCUAUUUCCUGUGGGCAUUGCUUGUUGGUGCCCACUUUGCUGGGUUCCACAUACCAUUCGGACUUGUGCAGAAAGCCUUAGCCUUUAUGCCUGGCACAUCUAUAUUUUGGCAAAUAACAUCCUGUCUUCUAGCUGCGUUGACAUUAUGGCUCUCAGUAAUAUUCUUCAUGCGGUACCUUCUCAAAAUACUGCUCAUGUACAAGGGUUGGAUGUACGAAUCUAGAGCUCCUGGAUCUAGGAUAUCAAAGAAGACUUUACUCUGGGCUAGUGUAGUGCGAGUGUUAUCCGGAUGGAACAAACCGAAACUGUACAGUUUCCAAGGUUCCCUGCCGAGGUUACCGCUGCCUUCUGUCAAAGAUACUAUGAGAAGAUACUUACAAAGUGUUCGGCCCUUAUUAGAUGAUGAAAAGUACGAAAGGGUGGUGAGACUAGCGGACGAAUUUGAGAGAACAAUCGCUGUCAAACUGCAAAGAUACCUCAUACUCAAGUCAUGGUGGUCAAGCAACUAUGUAUCGGAUUGGUGGGAGGAAUACGUAUACCUCAGGGGUCGUUCACCUUUGAUGGUCAACUCCAACUUCUAUGGCACGGACACUCUCAUGCGAGCUACGUCGGUACAAGCAGCGCGCGCGGGUACCUUGAUACACAUGUGCCUUAAAUUCCGUAGACUUAUAGAUAGACAGGAGUUGGAACCUAUAAUGCUACAAAACAUGGUGCCGCUAUGUUCUUCGCAAUACGAGCGACUGUUCAAUACUGUGAGAGUGCCCGGCAUCGAAACGGACAAGAUAGUGCAUUACCAAGACUCCACGCAUAUAACUGUGUACCAUAAGGGCAAAUACUAUAAGGUGAUGGUCUACUAUCGUGGUAGACUGCUCAACCCGGCUGAAAUACAAGUACAAAUGCAACAGAUAUUAGACGAUAAAUCAGCGCCCAUGAUUGGUGAAGAGAAACUAGCAGCCCUCACCGCUGGCGAGAGGACACACUGGGCCCACAUCAGACAGACCAUGUUCAACAGAGGAAACAAUAGGACGUCUCUACACUGUAUAGAAAGAGCAGCUUUUAAUGUCUGCUUAGACGACAUUGAAUACGCGUUUGACGAGAAUGACACUUCGAAACUGGACGACUACGGGCGAGUGCUGCUCCACGGUAAAGGCUACGACCGCUGGUUUGACAAGUCCUUUAAUCUGUGCUUCAGUACCAAUGGACUGGUGGGCUUCAACGCUGAACACACAUGGGCUGACGCUCCCGUUAUGGGCCAUCUAUGGGAACAAGUUAUUUGGUCGGAAAUGGAAUAUGGAUACAAAGAAGACGGUAAUGCUAAGGGUCCCGUAGACUCCCCACCGCCCGCACCUACUCGUCUACAGUGGGAGCUAAACAACGAAGAUUUACUGAAAGCUAUUGACAUCUCAUAUGGUGUGGCCGAGAAACUGUUGAACGAUGUAGACCUCAAAAUACUAAUGUAUACCAAGUAUGGAAAAGGUUUCAUGAAGAGCUGUCGUGUGUCACCCGACGCGUUUAUACAGAUGAUCCUUCAGCUGUCCUACUACAGGACGGCGGGUCGAUUCUGUCUGACGUACGAGGCGUCAAUGACCCGGUUGUUUAGAGAGGGCCGCACGGAGACCGUCAGGUCUUGCACCAACGAGAGCGCAGCCUGGGUCCUCUCUAUGAACAAUCCUAAUGCUUCUACGGAAGAGCGCAUGCAUCUAUUCAAGCAGGCGACGGAUCGACACCAACUCGGUUAUCAGGACGCCAUGGCGGGCCGCGGGAUAGACAGACACCUCUUCUGUUUGUACGUCGUCUCCAAAUACCUGGAGCUGGAGUCGCCAUUCCUGCAGGAGGUGUUCAACGAACCCUGGCGGCUGUCUACUAGUCAAACGCCUCACGGUCAAACCAGUCUCCUGGAUCUCAAAAAGCACCCGAAGUGUGUGAGCGCCGGAGGGGGCUUCGGUCCGGUGGCGGACGACGGGUACGGAGUGUCUUACAUCAUCGCUGGCGAGAACACCAUCUUCUUCCACGUAUCCAGCAAACUCAGCUGUCCUAUCACUAGCUCAUCAAGGUUCGUAGAACAGAUUCAAACUUCACUUCAAGACGUCCAGACUUUGUUCGCUGACUUCAAGAAGACCAGUGCAAAGAAAUAGAAUUUUAUAAUAGAGAAUAUGUAUUACGAGUGGUGACAUUACUACUAAGAAAAACAAACAAAACAUUAUGUUGAUAAAGUCACGAUCUAAAACCGCGUUAGCACCUACCAAGGUUAUAGUUUUAGUAGGGGCAAUUUAUACUAGCGCAGAGUCGAAGCGCAUCGAAGCGAAUUAUCAAAAACUGAACAUUACAAAAUACAAAUUCAACUUUAUCUCCAGAUCGUAACGCACACGUUACUUCUGCGAGACUAAUCAUGCGUCUUUUUAAAAUCUAGGAAGUAAUGUGUGCUUUAGGCUCUAGAGUUAAGGUUGAAUUUGUAAUUUUCAAUUCAAUUCAAUUUUGGUAUUUCGCUUCGACGCGCUUCGACUCUGCGGUAUUAUAAAUUGACCCUAAGUUUGUGUAUCUCUUUAUUAAUAGGCACCACUGGUUAAUGUUGAAAUGGUUUUUGUUAUUUACUUUUAGUAUAAUUAUUUGUUUUAAUUAACUCGAGCGUUUAUUGUUCAAUAAAUACUACGUUGAGCCACGUCUCCUAUUAGUAAAUCAAUGUUGCAGUUUAAAAUUUGUUAAGUAAAUGCUGAUUGUAUUAUGUAUCCCAAUUAUUCUGCUAUCCCAAUCCAACUUAAUACACUUCGAUAUAGUUUUGGUGCAAUCUUACUACCAAAUGGUAUUGUCUAAAAAUUUCAAACUAAGUUCAAACUCGUUCUGAUUGGGCAAAAUUAUAGAGGUGCUCCCUCACCGGGAGCAUUCGCGUGCAAUGUAACGUUACAGAGUCGAGCAUUACUGAUAGUGAGGAAGGGGAACCGAGCAUUACAAUGCGCACCUUGUACUGAUACAUAAAAUUUUGAUAUAACUUGUAACCUAUAAUUUGGCAUUACACGAGAAUGCUCGUCGGUCAGGGAGGUAGUAUUGUAAUGUUAUGCUCAAAGUCGAAUCUAUAAUGUUGUUCACACACGAAUGCUCGCCCGGUGAGGAAGCACCUUUAAAAUCAUUUGUUUGACGUAAGUAUAUAAAAAUUAAAAAUACUAUUUUGCUGUUCAAUAAGAUCUAGACUACAUCAAAGCUCUAUUAAUUUGAGAUUAAAAUAGCAGAAUAGGAUUACAGGAGACGAGGUUUACUGAACUAAAUCAAUGCAAAUAUCGCUUUAAGACUACAGUUAAGACUCACAAUAUAUUGUUAUACUCGAAUAGGCUAAUGCAAUUUUACAACAAAGUUUAUUGUAGUAAUAAAUCAGACUAACGUUUGUACGAGAAAUCAUGUUGCUAUUUAUAAAUAUACAUAAACUUUUCAAUUUUAAUACGAUUUUUCUACAUAGUGUAAUAGCAAUUAAAUAUUUGACAUGACUUAUAUUUGGUAUAACGUUACUGGCUCAUUUUAAAAAGAAACCUUAAAGUCAGCAGUAGGGCGAAAAAAGUGUUUUCUUAUACGGCACGCGGAAAUAAAGAGAGUAAAGAGGAGGUAAGUAACGUGACCAUUUUUUAUUAUACCUUGAACAUAAGAGCAUUUUUUCAAUAUCAUUUUUUUUUAUUGCGCAGCAAAUGACGAAGACAAGAUUAUGUCUCAUACUAAUACAUAUCCCUUUCCUUUUCACACAUAUAAUAUAUACCACGCUGCCUAAUGCGAAAACUCGACUAUAACUUGACUUGAUGUUGCAGCUUAUUAUAAUAAUUAUUACAAGACGCAUCUAUUUAGCUAAUAUUAAUAUCGACAUAAUAAUAUGUGACAACUUGUCAAGUCGCAUACAAUAAUAAUAUGAAACAUUAAAAAAGGUUGUAAAGUUGUACUUGUAACUCAAAAGAUGGCAAUGCAAUUUUAAUAAAUAUAAUAUGUUAUUUUAUUCUAUAGAUGCGUUAAUGAGAUGACCUAGUAUAAUUUUAUUUGUGGUGUUGGUUACAUAUUAACUAAUUUAAUAUAUUUUUUCCUGCAUUGCAUAAAGUGCAUUUGAUGCGUUUAGUUUAGGUUAAGCUAUAAUAACCUUUAUUUAGGAUAUAAACAUUUCUCUCAAUGUAAUAAAAUUAUUUUGCCGUGCUGGCUAUUUAAAAUAUCAUCACAAAUAAACAAUAUUUGAACACUUUUAGGGUGGGUUGCACUUGCACC